GCCGCCCUAUCCCACCUCCCCCCUUCUUCGUUUUUGGUUCCGCCGGUUCGGAACAGGCGAGCCGCCGGUUCAGACCGGCGGUUGGUAACCGGCUGAUAAACCUGCCGCCUGCCUGACUGUUCCUAUUGGUCGCCUCUGCUUCACCCUACUCCAAUUCUCUUCUCUUCUCUUCUCUUCAGUUUCUGCUGCAAAAAAACUGCGCCAGGUCAGGUGUAAUGGAGAGGCCGAAGAAGCAAGUGCUUCUUUUCUAUUGUGUCGAGGCCGAGGACUUGGCACGAAAGGUUGCUGCUCAGUCAGAUUACAUUAAACUCCAAACCAUCAAGUGGAGGAGUUUUGAUGAUGGAUUUCCAAACCUCUUCAUAGAGAAAGCGCAUGCUAUCAGAGGCCAACAUGUUGCCUUUCUAGCAUCCUUCAGUUCGACUGCAGUCAUUUUUGAACAACUUUCUGUAAUCUAUGCACUGCCUAUGCUAUUUGUUGCUUCAUUUACGGUUGUCUUGCCUUUCUUUCCAACUGGAUCAUUUGAAAGAAUUGAAGAGGAAGGUGAUGUUGCAACUGCAUUUACCUUGGCGAGAAUGCUGUCUAAUACUCCUAUAUCGAGGGGUGGUCCAACCAGUUUGGUUGUCUAUGAUAUACAUGCAUUACAGGAAAGAUUUUAUUUCAGUGAUACUGUCUUACCUCUUUUUGAGACUGGGAUCCCACUUCUACAGCAACGGCUUCAACUUCUAAAAUCGGAUAAGGUAAUAGUUGCCUUUCCUGAUGAUGGAGCUUGGAAAAGAUUCCACAAACUACUGGACAACUUUCCCAUGGUCAUCUGCAACAAGGUUCGUGAAGGAGACAAAAGAAUUGUUAGGAUAAAGGAGGGUGAACCAGCUGGCUGUCAUGUUGUCAUUGUUGAUGACUUGGUGCAAUCUGGCGGCACUUUAAUUGAAUGUCAGAAAGUUUUGGCAGCUCAUGGUGCAAAAAAAGUUAGUGCCUAUGUAACCCAUGGUGUGUUCCCGAAGAAAUCAUGGGAGCGAUUUGUCCACAAGAGUAAAGAGGAACACGAGAACGCAUUCACCCAUUUUUGGAUCACGGAUUCUUGCCCUGCAACGGUGAGUGCCAUAGCCAACAUAGCUCCUUUUGAGGUGCUGAGUCUUGCUGCAUCCAUAGCUGAUGCUCUCCAAAUCUGAUAAUUCGUCACGAAUGAAUAAUAACAACUGAUGCGAAUCUGAAAUCGUACUCUGUUUUAGACUGGGAACCCAUUCGGUAUUUUGAUCCUUGUCGUCGUUGGGAUUCUUCAUCACCUCCCAUUCAUCCAUGGUAUUGGUUUUUGAAUGGUUUAUGGUCAUAAAUGGAAGUAUCUUUGGUCCAUUGCA